AACCCGACAUGGUGAGAACUGAACCAUUUUGACGCCAGCAAAUCCCAAUUUCGCUCUCUAUCCCACCCUCAGCCACACCCCAAUCACGGCGGCGAUCUGAAGGCGACGCCACUCUGCUCUCCCAAUUCCGCCUCUCAAAUCUCCUUGGUGGAAAGUGUGCUUCAAGUUGUAGAAAUAUAUUAUUUGUUGUUUAGGACUAGAAGUGGGGGCAUUGAGGAGUGAGGUGGUUUGGAAUAGAUAAAAUGCGGUUGUUUCCGAGCAAGGAGCAGCGUAAAAAUGGAGAGAAAAGCCGUGCAUUGUUAUAUCUUAAUGUCUAUGAUCUCACACCUGUAAACAACUACUUGUAUUGGUUUGGACUCGGCGUGUUUCAUUCUGGUAUUGAAGUACAUGGUCUAGAGUAUGGAUUUGGAGCACAUGAUUUCCCAUCCAGCGGGGUUUUUGAGGUGGAGCCACGAAGUUGCCCAGGCUUCAUGUUUAGGCGGUCAAUACUGCUGGGUAGCACAGAUAUGUCUCGUCCAGAAGUUCGGUCUUUUAUGGAACGCCUCUCUAAUAAGUAUCAUGGGGAUUCUUAUCAUUUAAUUGCCAAGAAUUGCAAUCAUUUUUCUAAUGAAGUCUGUAUGCAUCUCACUGGAAAGCCAAUUCCUGGAUGGGUUAAUCGUCUUGCCCGUGUAGGCUCAUUCUGCAAUUGUCUGUUACCAGAAAAUAUUCAAGUUGCGGCAGUUAGACGUCUUCCUGAUCGCCAAACAUGUUCAGACGAUGGUUCAGAUACUGAUGGAUCAUCAUUAACAGCAGAUAGUGAUGAUGAGGCUGACCAGCAUCUGAUUACUGCUGCAAAUAGUGAUGUGGCAUUUUUGAAUGAAAAACGAGUGAGACUAGCAAAAGAUCUUCUUUGAUAUUAUCCCCCACCCCUUACUUAGCUUCCAAUUCAUUAAAUUUAUUGUCGAAAUCCUGUUGUUUGUAAUAGUUGUGUCAUCAAAAUGUAAUUAUUUUACUUUCAACACAACUAUGCUGAAGAUCUUAUAGUAUUUAUUGUGUUUCCGAACAUGUUUGCGUCUGUAAAAACUACCCAAAUUCUUUCGAGUGACUAGGAUUCUUUGGUUGCAGUGUACUGUGUACUAUGUACUUGUAGAAUUUCUUAUUCUCUUUAGUACCAAAAGACUCUCAAUGAUUUCUUGAUCUGCA